AUGACGGGGAUGCCCCUACCUCAGGCCACAGUCCGCCAGCUUGGAUCGUCUGUCGUCAUCCCAUCUCCUGUGUCACUUGUCAAGGAACUCGUAGACAAUGCUAUUGACGCUAAUGCAAACAACGUCGAGACCUGGAUAUCGGCAAACGCAAUAGACAAGAUCCAGGUCAGGGACAACGGUCACGGCAUCUGCUCGGAAGACUACGAUGCUCUUGGACGCCGGUCACAUACCAGUAAGCUCCGGACGUUCGAGGAGCUUCAGUGCAAGGGAGGCCAGACACUUGGGUUUCGCGGCGAUGCCUUGGCAAGCGUGAAUGCCGUCUCAAAGCUCACCAUCACGACGAGGACGAGUCAAGAUCAGGUGGCAACACUGCUGAUACUCAACCCCAAAGGUGGCGGUGUAACGGACAAGAAGCAUGUUUCGGGGUCCGUUGGGACGACCAUCGACGUCUCGGACUUGUUUGCCAAUAUUCCGGUUCGCAGGCAACAGAUUCAGAAGGAGAGCAAGAAAGCAUACACCCAGAUCAGGGACCUUCUCCAGGUGUACGCACUUACUCGACCGCACAUUAGGCUUUCCUUGAAAGUCAUGAAAAACGAUAAGCUCUCGUGGUCUUAUGCUCCAGGCAAAGGCGUCGGCAAGACGUUCAGUGGAACCACACCUGCGAUCUCAGCAACGAAACCGGGGAGACCAGACACGCCAGAAUCUAUCAUGAGACUCGAGGCUUUUCUACCGAGGGCUGAUGCCGAUCCCGUGAAGGUGUCUGGCAAAGGCUACUUUAUCUCCGUUGACUCGAGACCCAUGGCUACAACGAGGGGCACAAUGAAGAAGCUUGUCGAUACUUACAAACAACACUUACGCAGCUGUGUCGUUCUCGCCGGUUCUUCCAGGUCUAUUUCCAAGCCUUUCAUACGCUUGAAUGUCGAAUGUAUUCUCGGAAGCUACGAUCCCAACGUAACCACGGCCAAAGAUGAGGUCAUCUUUGCAAACGAGCCCAAAUUGCUAGCCCUGUUCGAGGACAUGUGCAAGGAGAUAUACCAACCAACCGAGCCCGAACCAAUGGCUGAAGUUGUCACAGAAAACAUCCAAACUCCGAACCAGCAAGCUAGACACCAGAGUCCAGAUCUUCUCCCAGACGAUGACGAAGAAGACUAUGACCUCCUCCAAAACUUGGCAUCGGUCGAGGAAGUGAGUCUUGAAAGAGCACCAACCGGCCUGGUUUCCCCUGAGAGUGGACAGCAGAUGCCAGGAUCUCCCGACAGAGAGCAUUUACACGGCCACAGGUCCUCUCUCUCAAACUCGGGGCAACCGCAAAUCAGCCGACAGGCCGAGGAAGACCCCCAGGAACCAGUACUCACCCAAACCCUCCUUCGAACCGGUUGGGAGGUGAACAUGGCUCGAGAUGAGACUGCAAGCCCCGAUGGUCAAACGCAACCGAUUCUUCUGGGCCCUCCCAGUACGGGUAUACACGAGUUCAUACAGUCACAGUUGGAAGAGCAGACCCAACGAGAGGAACCUAAUCCAUGGUCUCUGGCGAAAAUAGCGGCUGGACAACGUUCUACUCACCACGAAGACAUGCCUGGCCUUCUACUCACAGGCGAGCAUAGUGACAGCAAUCUGGGCGGCACAGCUUCUCGCCAGCAAGUCCAUAUCUCUUGGAUAGCAGAGCUCAUGCAGGAAGCCGAUGGACAGCAGCAAUCUCAACGCCAUUGGGUACCUGCAGCAGCAAGGGAGGAAAUAUACGAUCCAGAUAACAUUGAGCCACCGAUCCUACAACACCCUGCCGCCCCACCAACUAGUUAUCAGAUUCCAAGACACCAAGAACCGCGAGGAAUUUCAAGAGAUGAGGAAGCAUUCCAUUCAUCUAUUACUGGACACGACAUUGAAGACCUAGAGGUGAUGCCGCAGAGAGGCCCAGGCGUUCGCCAACGCAUCGGUGCCAAGACGCCUGUGCUUGGCACGCCUCCUCCGUCUUCUAGUCCGUUGCGCAAGCCAUUCCGGGUGCCUGCCCGCAUCGAACAAGGCAGAGACCUCCAUGUCACUCGGAGAUUUGAGCCUCACAGGGCAGACGGACUGAGACAAAGCAAACUUGCCGUCGACACCCGAAGAGAGAGGCAGCAACCAAGGCUAGAGGAUACGUCGACUAAUUGCUUUCCUUCGGUGGAGGCGAGACCAGAUGACAUCUAUGAUGGUUUCGAGAAGACAAGGAAGUCAAAGCAUCACUACCAGCAAGCCAGCCCAGAGCCAAAUGAGAGACAGAUGUUGGAGAGAUUGAACGCUCUACGCCACAGAACUGAAGAAGAAUAUGGAGAGAUUGCAGAGGACGAACGGGGUAGAUCGCUCUCUCGGAGAGCUACGACUACCCUGCCGGACAUGUCUCCGCGAAGAUACCUGAAGAAGAGACUAGCAUCUAGGUCCAGGUCGAGAACCAAGGUACACAAAAGGAUGAGAUCGGAGAUGCUCCCAUUUGAGAAGCUGUUCUCGGGGGCUCAUACUCAGACACGGCCACUUACACUUGAUCUACAAGAUCUGCGGAAGCAGGUUACCGAUGCAUCUAACUAUGAUCUCUAUAUCACCAGAGGCAUUCAGGAAGCGGCGUUUCACAUUGGAAGGAAUGAGAUGGAGAAUAUCAGCAACAAGCUUCAAGAAAUCGUGGGCGCCUGGGUGUAUGAGAAGCAUGGAGUUGAAGUGGAGCUUGAGAUUGAUAUUGGGGCAUUGUGCGAAGAAGGAGACAUAAGAGUAUGAUGAGAUAAGUCACUUUGCUUGAUGGAGGGUGUCAUAUCGUUCGAGGGCGAGGUGUAAGUUGCGUUUACAAGGCGGCUUUGCUAUGGGAGAAGUUAUCAUUAUGUGUAUGCAGGGCUGUUACUUACUUUAUAUAGAUAACGACCACCACAUCUUCAUUUUAAUGGACGCAUCUCUGCCUUACAUAUUCUUUGCUCGGCUCACAGUCUCGUCUACCGUACGUAGCUAUCUCACGCCUUACUCUGUAUCUGUGUCACCUCUUACUUCCAAGAACUUGC